AUGCAGACCUCAGCACGGUCGGUCACACUUUUCCCCACUAUUUCGCACUUGGUGAAAUGUCUCGUGCUAAUUGCCUGCCUCAUUCACAAUGUCUUGGCCCGCAAAAACCUCAUCAUUGACACGGACUUGUUCAGCGACUGCGAUGAUGCCGGUGCGCUUCUUCUUGCGGCAACAUCUUCAGACGUCAACCUCUUAGGAGUAAACAUCAACUCGCAGUCCUCCUUUUCGGUGCUGGCCGCCUCUGCCAUCCUCAGCCAUUACGACCAUGGCCAGGUGCCCGUCGGUGCUCGCCGCCCAUUAAACCAUGUACCUUUCUUCGACAACUGGACCAAACGCCUGGGCGAGUUCGCUAGCAAACUCGCAACUCACUGGCCGAAGAACAUGUCAGACGCCGAGGAUGCUUGGGACCCUGUCGAGCUGUACCGCAAGCUGCUUGCCGAAGCCGAGGAUUCCUCUGUAACUAUCGCGUCUAUCGGGUUUCUGCAUAACCUCUCCGGGCUCCUCAACUCAACCGCCGAUUCUUAUUCCAACUAUACCGGCACCGAGCUGGUAAAUAGAAAGGUGAUGGAGCUAGUCGUCAUGGGUGGAGACUAUCCAGAAGGCCACGAAUUCAACUUCUGGGGCGACAGCCCGUAUACCACCGCCCACGUAAUCCAUAACUGGAAGGGCCCCAUCGUCUACGUCGGUUUCAAUCUUGGAGCUUCGGUUCUCUCAGGCGGACCCCUCAUGGCCGAUGGACCCAAGACAGACCCGGUGCGCGCUGCGUAUAUUUUGUACUCCUACUAUCAACCCCGGUGGUCUUUUGAUCCAGUAACCAUGCUCUACGCCAUCAGUGGCCUCGGCGGCCGCUUUUCUUACGGAAAUGCCUAUGGUUAUAACACCGUUAUCCUAAACGGAGAGAAUGGCUGCCAUGGUUGUAACAUCUGGGUCGAUGACGAGAACGUCACGAACCAGCACUGGCUCGAGGCGAGGGUGAGUCACGACCAGCUCAGGGAGGAGUUGGACAUGCUUUACCUGCAGGGCGCGGAGUCAUCUAAAAGGAGCUCGGAUCCGGUGGGAGAGCUUCCAAAGUUUGGCGAUUGCAAACCCCAGAAAUCUGGUCUCUUUGCAGUUCCGCAGGAGAAAUUGGAGUUGUGA